AUGUCCAAUACGACGAACGAUCAAGAGAGUGAGUUAACGGCCAGCUCAGGCGAAACAUCACGGCCAAGAUUGCGACCACGCAGAGCAACAGUUUCUGAACAGAGCGCGACUUCGAAGGGCGGAGACGGAGGUGAAGACGCAGCAGCUGGUCUUGCGUUGCCUUUUCUUGCAAGAGUCAGUAAGGGUCGGCUCAACGUCUCCGAAGCUUCGAUACCAGCACCUCAGAGUUCGGAUGUUCUAGCACAAGGCCAGGUAUUUACACCUCCUCAUCUGGUCGCUGACGAGGUGAAUGCCUUUCAAGACGAGGACUCUAUAUCUCCUACACCAACUACCAUCAAUCUCGAAGACAGUGCAGCCGCCAACAGUGCGAGCGCGUCGCCAGCCAUUGUUAACCAACUCGACUCGACAUCUACUGCAACGUUUGAGACCGAGCCGCUCAAGUCAGACAGGAACGAGAAUCAACAGCAGGCGGUCGUAGUCCCUACAGAUCCUGGCCUAGUUCUUGCUUCAAGUUCAGCUCCUCCUUCGAGGUCAGAUCCUGCUCUCAACCAAGCUUCGGGCAGUCUGGCGACGGAUCGGCCUUUCGACACCUCUGAUUUACCUGAGAUUCGAGUUCACAGACCGAGUGGGACUAUCAUAACCACAAUGAGUAGCCCGGUUGUCCCCCCAACUCCUCCUCCAACAACUAUUGCCCAGAGCCCAGGAGCGAAUGCUUUUCCUUUCACCAAUUCUGCACCACUACCGGCAGGUCUCCCAAAUAUUGCCGCGGCCGCUGACGCACUCCCUCUCACUGCUCUCCCGCCGAUUACGCAAACGGCUCUACCUGGUCUCUCUAGGAAGACUCGCAGACGAACAAAGAUGGUCCGGAAAGUCCGUAAAACAGUUGUCAGGAAGAAACUUCUCUCGCUCCUCAUCGGCCGGAAUCUAGCCAAUGUUGUUCAUCCUGUUUUGGCAAAAGCAUCGCCAGAUAUCCCUGUUGGAUUCUUGUCGUUGGAUGGUGCAAGCGACUCCCGCCGUGGAUCCACAAGAAACUCGGAGGAAGCAGUAUUGUAG